CAUUUCAAAAAUACACAUUCAGUAUCAAACCCGAGAGAGACAUUUUUCACGAAACAACAGCGACCCCCACCCCUCAAGAAACCAGGGUCAAAGUUCACAGGAAGCUGGGGGGCUGCCAUUUUUCCCUGCUGUUGCUACUGCUAACGUUUAACGUUAGAUGCUAAAACGACGGGGAGGGGCGGUUGGUUUUGGAUCCUGUAGCUAGCUGGAAUCAACGGCUCGAAAUCGUUACACAAAAUCCGUCAUUUCUCCCACCGUCGUCGCUAACAACCAUUGUUAUUGGAUGAAUUCGGCAUGGAGAAGGUAGCGGAGCCGUCUUGGACUUCUUCGUACACCUACCAGGUGAGCAAGCACAGUGCGGAGAUGCUACACAACCUCAACGUUCAGAGGAAAGAUGGAGGCAGGUUCUGCGAUGUGAUCUUACGCGUCGGCGAGGAGAGCUUCCCUGCCCACAAGGCUGUGUUGGCCGCGUGCAGCGAGUAUUUCGAAUCGGUGUUCAGCCGCCAGGCGGAGGGCGACGGCGACGCCAAGGAGCUGGAGAUGCACACCAUUAGCCCGAAAGUUUUUAAAGACGUUUUGGACUUCGCUUACACCUCCAGGAUUGUGGUGCGACUGGAAUGCUUCCCGGAGUUGAUGACAGCUGCCAAGUUUCUGCUGAUGCGGUCAGUCAUUGAGAUAUGUCAGGAGGUAAUCAAACAGUCCAACGUGCAAAUCCUCGUCCCGACCUCACGCGGAGGAGACGCCAGCCUUUUCCAGGCCACGGGAGCCACCGAGCUGGGUUUCCCGGUGGCACAACAGGAUCUGGUAAACGGAACGGGAAUGCUGGUGAACGGUCAGAGCUUUGCUAACAAUGCACAAAUGCAUGUGGACGGGAGUGAAGGCACGGCCGCCGUGUUAUUGGAGGACGGCGGCGAGUCGUCGGUGCCGAUGUUGGAGCCUGUUGAAGGACUGCCUGUUUCCCCAUCAGCGGAAAUACCGGGGAACGCGUUUCAGCACGACGCUGCCUCCCCUGGGUCGAAAAGGAGCAGGGGGAGACCAAAGAAAGCUGGUGGGGUAGUGGAGGCUGUACACUUUAAUCACAGCACCCAGAAAGACAAUGGGCUGUUUCCUUGCGGGACUUGCGGUAAAGCUUUUACAGAGGCUUCCCGCUUGAAGAACCACGAAGCGCAACAUGGAGCCCACACCGGCACUGUAAACAACGUCGGUGACAGCCUGUCAACAGCGGGCGGCAUGCCUUUAAUUUCUCAGCCAGGUCUGGUGGAAAACGGCGUGCAGUUACACGGAGGGCUGACGCUGGACAACGGCCGCAAGCGAGAGAGGACCAGACGGCAUGUCGGCUGUGACAUUUGCGGCAAAGUUUUCCGCGACGUUUACCACCUGAACCGACACAAGCUCUCUCAUUCCGGGGAGAAGCCGUACGCAUGCCAUGUGUGCGGGCUCCGGUUCAAACGCAAGGACAGGAUGUCGUACCAUGUGCGGUCCCAUGACGGGUCUGUCGGGAAACCUUAUGUGUGCCAAAGCUGUGGUAAAGGGUUUUCAAGACCAGACCACCUGAAUGGACAUAUCAAACAGGUUCACACAACAGAGAGACCCCACAAGUGCCAGAUUUGUAACGCCUCUUUUGCUACAAGAGAUCGCCUCCGGUCACACCUUGCAUGCCAUGAGGACAAAAUCCCCUGCAAAGUUUGUGGCAAGUUUCUGCGAGCUGCCUACAUGACAGACCACCUCAAGAAACACAGUGAAGGAUCGCAUAACUACUGUGGCAUUUGCAACAAAGGUUUCUCCACUGCGUCCUACCUUAAGGUGCAUAUAAAGACACACCAUGGCUCUCCACUGCCCCCCUCUGCCACAAUGCACACCUUCCCUGAGCCAAGGGGGGAACUGCAGAUGCACAACGGCAACCCUUACCACAUGGGACGCCAGUGCUCAGUGGAAGACCUGUGUGCCAGUCGCCAGCUGCUUCUCACCUCGUCUGAGGCAGAGGGUCGCUUUCAUGGGCUCUCUGGACACCCAAUUCUUCCCCAGCCUGGCCCUCCUGCCUUGGGCGUGCAGCCUGAGCUGCUCAUGGGGAAGGCAGGUGGGCCUCCAUAUUUCUGGGAGUGUCGCUCUGGCGGGUUGCCUGGCUUCCCCGUCCAUGGGCCUGCCGCAGACGGGCAGGAAAACGCUGGGAAAUGUCCUCAUCUGGAAUCAGAAGAAUCAGAUCCUUCAUUUGGGGAGUUGUCCAACGGGGACGAUCUUAAAUCUCCACACAAACCCGACGGGCCGGAGCUCGAGAUGCCCUCUUUAGCCUGCAACGGAGCCUCUGCGGGGGCCUUGGGGUCUCCAGAGGGAUCCAAAGCCAAGACGGACCCUGAGAAGAAGUUUACCUGCGGGAUCUGCGGCCAGGCCUUCCGCACCAAGUCCUACCUCAACAAGCACCAGCACAGAGUUCACAAAGCCCAGAAGGCCCAGGGGGGUUCAGGGUCGGGCUUGAACGAGCUGGCUCCCACCCUGACCUCUCCCUUCUCCCCUCAACAAAACAUGUCUCUGCUCGAAUCAUUUGGCUUUCAGAUAGUCCAGUCUGCGUUCGCCUCUUCACUGGUGGAUGCCGAGGCCGGUCAAAGUGGGAUCGACUUUGGAGGGAAGUGACAUAUUUGCUAAAGUUCUUGCAAAGCCUCUCACUCUUAGGACAAAGCCGGGUUGCCCACAGAAGAUGCUCUGUAUUUGGGAAUAACUUUGCCUCAAGACUACUUUUUCUGUUCCUGACAUUGCUUAAUGUGUAUGCGAUAUUUUUGUCACAGACUGCCAUACGAUUCCUACUUUUUCUACUUUUUCAGAGUAUGAAAAGUGCGUGUACGGUGUUUGAAUUUUCUUUAUAAGGAAACGACAUGAAGGUUUUAUGUCCUUUAUCUGAUGUGGAUCUGUUGAAGUUAUGUUUGGUAUACUUUCAUUUGUUUUUGGCUUGUGUGUCGUUGAGCUUUCUUAGCUGCACAAAUGUUUCUUGACAUGAGAUGAAUUAUUUACUGCAACUUUGAAACAAGUAAUUACUUCUUGUAUGUUGGUGAAUUCUGUAUUUAUGUUGUUUCUCUGCAUCUUUUUAAGAAGGAUGUUGUUUUUCUUAAGGACAGGGAUUUGAAUUGGCAGGUUUUCUUUAGAUUUAUUAACUAGUCCAAGAACCAUUCCUAACAGGCCCGAGGCAUAUUUCACGACACGUUUAGAAUUGGCAGUUUUCUUUGGCUUCAUACAGAAAGUGUCAGUUUGCUGGUCACUUAUUAGCAUUGAUAGCUGUCAAGGUCCUUAAUGAGUUACUGUUGACAGGGUUACAGUUGUGAAGCACUUUUAAAAUGUGUGUCAAUAAAACUUUAAAUUAGAAUUUUAACAUGAUCCACACGAAGCACCACGGAUAUAUGAUUUCAGCUAAAAUGAAACUAAAUAAGCUACCUCACAGAAGAAAGUAACACCAUAGUGUUUUUUUGUGUCAUAACCGAGUUAAAUCUUGCGCCAACUUUGUCAGACUUAAAGAGUAAAAAGUCAUAACAGAUUCACAAGUAGAAGACAGACGCUCUUUCUGUCAGAAAUGAGAAAUGCCUGCAGAAUGUCAGUGGGAAAAAAUUGUAUUUAAAGCUCCAUUAGCGCCACAGCUUUCUCAUUUGUAGUUGUUAAUUUUUUUGUUGCUGUUCUGUUUUUCUGUAGUUCUACUGGUAAACUGUGUAUUUCCAGUACUUGAGCAAAGCCUUUGAGGAGUGUUACCAUUCACCAUUAACCAGAGUGGUUGUGUUGCUGUGGUUGAGCGCAGAGUUGUCACGCUGACGUGGCAGCUGGAGUGAUGUGCUCGCAUUGAUGCAGAUCUGCUGGCAGCUCACUCGGAUGUGAAAAGCCCUUUACCAUUUUUUUUGAUGUGAUGAUUCGUAAAAUGGAUUUUUCAUGCAAAAAAAUUGCAAAAGUAAGGAGAGGAAAGCCAUUGUUACUCUGAUCUAUACUGUGUACAGGAUUACCUUUUGAAAAUGAAUUUUCCUGGGAUAACAAUUUUUAAUCUGUAAAUUUUGUCUUGAAACAUGCCUUGAGCUUGUUAGGAAUGAGUUUUGUAUCCUCCUCCGGCCCUACAAUGACAAGUUUUCCAAGUUGUGUUUGUUCGGUGUUCAAUCAGUUGUGUACAUUAAACAGGGACCAAGGUCAGGUAUAUUUUCAGUAUAUAUUCUGAGAAAUGUAGAUUAUAUUUUAUUAACUUAUUCAUGCCCUCAGUUUUGUGUACAGUUUUUGUUUUAAUUGUCAAAUGAAAAUCUUUUGAUUUGCUCAUUUUGAUAAUUUGUCACUCUAAAUUAUGUUAAACGGAGACGCGUGGUUAUUUGUGUGUUAGACCAAGGAGUCGCACCCCGAUCCACCAGCCUCUGGAACGACCAAACGUAGUGUUACUAUUGGUGUGUCACGUAAUGAAGCUCACUUUAAGUCUCCAGAGUCUCUUCCUCUUCUUGUGUUGCUCACCCACCUCCUGUCAGAUUGCCUUGUUCUGUUAGUAGGUGACAUGUCUUGUGGUUUGCACUAGUAGUCGCUAGGUUAAGGCACAAGCUUAUCCAUCUGGGUGUCUUACAGUGAAAAUGUUUUGAUCCAAACUGUUAUGUCCAAGACAUUCCUGCGAUGAGAACAAACUUUGUUGAAUGGUUCCUCAAAUCAAAACGCAACGGGAACCUCACAUCCACUUUACUGCUUUGCUUUGAUUUUAAAAACUUGCUCCACGUCCAGUGUAGAAAUGAUACUGAAGUGGUUUUACAUCUCAGAAAAAAAAAAAAAAAAAAACAACCCAAAAAUCAGACAGGAUGUGAUGAGAAAUUGUGUGUGAAGAUCAGCACACCAUAUGUAAAGUUUAAUUAGGUUUUGGAUCACUGUCAGAUUGUAUCCAUACUAAAUUAUUGUCCCUUUUUGAUCUCUCAUACAACUCACACAUCAGAUGAACAUUUUGCUCAGUAGCUGUCUUUUCUUGUGUUGUAAAAUCUGUAUUAUGAUACAAAUCAAACACAGUCCAACAAGGAAGGGGCUUAUGUGUGUGUGUGCGUGCGUGCGUGCGUGUGUGUGUGUGUGUGCGUGCGUGCGUUUGUGUGUUUUGUAAAAAGAAAAAGGAAAAAAGAGUGUACAUGUCUGUGUGUGUCUGUUUCUGUGUUUGAUCUGUAUUUCCUGCUUUCUGUUUAAUUAUUAUUUGUGAGUAAUUUAGUCUCUUAAAUUCAGUGCAUUCCUAUAUUAUUUAUGGUUAUGUUGUGAUUGUAACACGUGUAUAUACCAUUCAUAUACACAUUCUAUAAAUAUAUAUAUAUAAAUAUAUAUGAACCAACCAAUAUGAUCAGUGUUUGUCAGUGGUGGUCCUGUACAUAUAUAGAUUUUUUUUUCUUGUCUGUCAUGAGGAGGGGUGUUAAGUUAUGGCCAUUUGAUUGAAAGUGUAAACUGCAUGUUUUGGCAUGCGAGCUGAGCUGGGGACUGAAUGUCGAUCACUGGUUGGUGGCAGUAAUGGUUUCACUGUACUGUCACUCUGCUCUGGCAGUGCUCACGCUGCCAGCUGCACGACUCAAGUCUUUGACCAAGUUUUUUUUUUUUUUCUGUCCUUUUUUGAUCCACUCUGCACUAGUAUUUACUCCUUCAAAAGGUAAUAAGGGUUGUUUUGUUAUCAGUUGUUCGAAAACAAGUGAAAGAUGCUGUAAGGAAAUGCUGUUCCUUUUUGUUUGAGUGUUUUUCUUCACUGGGAUGUAUGAUUUUGUUUUCGCUCAUGUUGGUACUGGAGUGUAGAAGAUGAUUUUCAAGGAUUAUUUAGGCCUAAAUGUUUUGCUUUCUGCUUUUGGUCUGUUGCAAAGUGCCUUCCAAAUACUGAUUGUGCACAGCAGUGGAUUAAAAAAGGUCCUCUUUUCUAAAGGUUAAGAAAUUGUACAGAGUGACUUGCAUUGACACUUUUGUAUAAAAACACACAAAAUGUACAAUAUGUUAACUUGGUAUUUUAUCAUCGUACUCAACAAGACUGCUCUUAAAACAUGUGAGCUACAUGUUUUGUUAUAACGUCUUUGGACAUAUUUCAAUAUAAGCAUACUUUUCUAUAGAUAUUUGUUUUUGUACUCUGUUAUGGAGUCUCAUCUCUCUUGUUGGUACAGAGAUGAGCGUCAAAUAAAUUGCAAUUGAAAAAGCUCCUACCUUUUCUCUUGUAAUUAUUACUGGUAGAUAAUGAGACAGUGAAUCCAUCUAGGCCAGGACUGGCCAUCAGGAGCUUGGAGCCCCUCACUGGAGGGGGGGCUAACCUGAUGUUGCAAUUUUACAGCUACUUUGGGGCAGUCUGGGACGCUAUGCUUCUGUGUUGUUGGGGAGUCUUAAAGGUCCCAGUGUGUGGGAUUCAGGGGGAUCUAC